CUAGAGAAGAGUUUGGAUGUAAGCUUUUCAGGUGUUAAGUAUAACGAGAUCGCUCUGUUCGUUGGACUCGACCCUUUUCGAUUCCUCAAAGAUAUUGAAACUUUCGAGCUCCAUCGCUCUCGUAUCCCUACCAACCUUUUAAGAUCCAUUGUAGAAGACAUGGAUAUUAUGUUAAAGCAAUAUGGCCCUCUUUCUGCACAUGAAACCGAGGAGGCCACAUCCCGCUUCCUCUCUCCAAUAUUCCACCGCCUCAUUGCAGAGUUUAGCUUUACUUUCAGGAGCUUCCCAGAGUCCAUCUUAGAGGGCCGUGCUACUAUGAAAGGGAGAAUCGAGUACUACCUCAGGGCGUUUGGCUCCGUCUCUGUUCUUAUCAUCCAGCUCAAGCUGAAAAUCGGAAAUGAUAAGGAGCGUUUGGAUGCUAUCGCUCAAGUGAUAGCCGAAUGUGAUGCAUGCGAUUGGAAAAACUCAACUGAGGGUUUCUUUGUACCUGUGUUCGGGAUUCUUUGGGAUGGCACCUACUUUCAAUUUUUCAAGUUUGUUGGGGCUCCGAAGAUUCCACAUUCGUUUCUUCGAGGAGCCUUCGCCGGUGAUCCUCCAAUGCUUCGAAAGGGCCUCAGUCUUCCAGAGUUGAUUCCCACUGUGACUACCCUUCCUUUCAUCCAGUCUGUACGCUGGAUAAGCGAGACAGUCUUUGACCUGCUGCUAUGCGCUCACCUCUCGAGCAUCGAAGCU